UUCCCCCAUAUGUCAAAGUCUUUGUGCUUUUUCAGGACAGAAGGAAAAAAAACAGCUGGAUCUCCAGAGCUAGCGGCUCGGCUAGCUCCCAGCUCCCCAAACCGGCUCGUUCCCCUCGGCUUCCUGCCCUCCGUAAGCUGCUCGUGAGGCUGAUGAUGUGGUGUGAACAUGGAGGCUCCUGAAUAUCUGGACCUGGACGAGAUCGACUUCUCCGAUGACUCCGUGUAUUCUGUCACGUCUCUGAAGAGCAUCCCAGAACUGUCCAGGAGGAGCGAUGGUCCGGCCGAGGAGAGACCAGUUCCUGCCAUCAACUGGAGCCGUGGCGUCUCCUCCUCCCACGCUGGGGGGGGCAUCAAGCCCACGGGUCUCGCUGAGGUCCACAGUAAGUUCCGCCCCGUGAAGAGGGUUUCUCCUCUGAAGCACCAACCGGAGACCACCGACUCUGACUCCGAUGGGAAAGUCCCGGGUCCGGGGCCGGUCCAGGGGGAGCCGGGGGACGGCAGCAAGGACGACCCCGGCUCAGACAAACCCACCAACGCCUCCUCCUCCUCCACCUCCUCCCCCGGGGAGGAGGCGCCCGGAGGGAAGGUGAAGGGUCUAGGGGGCGGCGGCGGCGUCGGGAACAACCCUCAGGCUCUCUUCGGGGAGCUGGAGCACUACGACCUGGACAUGGACGAGAUCCUGGACGUCCCCUACAUCAAGUCCAGCCAGCAGAUGUCCACGCUGCCUCGCGUCCCCCACGACAAGAGGUCGGUGACGGGGAGUAAUCUGGGAGGAGGCACCCUGGAGAGGAACCGGGGGGGAGGCCUGAAGAGCUCCGCUCUGCCCCACAACGAGCCCCUGAGCCUGGGCAGCAGCAGCAGCUCCCAGACCCCGUACUGUGUCCUGUCUCCUGUGAAGUGGUCGGACCUGAGGAAGUCCAAGUCGAUGGAUCCAGACCUCCACCACCUCCACCGCUCCCCGGGGGGAGGAGGGGGAGGUGGGGGAGGAGGAGGGGGAGGUUACCAGCCGGAGCUGCUCUCCUCCAGCCUCCUCAGCUGCUCCUCCUCCGUCUCCUCUUUCUCUGACGCAGACAAGCUGCUGUCAGCUCGCGUCUACCCAGACGCCCAGAGCCAGAGGCCCGGCGUGGAGCCCCCGGGCGGCCCGGGCCUCAUGUUCCCCCUGCCAGGGUGCAGCGUGGGCCGGCAGGACGCCUCCAAGCCCUGGGCUCCCGGCCCGGGAGGGGCGGGGUGUGGGCCGAGGGGGUUCGGAGGAGCCGGAGGAGCAGGAGGAGGAGGAGGAGGAGGAGGAGGAGGAGGAGGGGAGGUGGUGGAUGAGGAGACCAAGAAGAACCAGAACAUCAUCAACAUCGUCAGGGAGGGACAGAUCUCACUGCUGCCCCACCUGGCGGCCGAUAACCUGGAGCUGAUCCGAGACGAGGACGCGAACAACCUGCUCCACAUCUCGGCGGCUCAGGGUCACGCCGACUGUCUGCAGCAUCUCACGUCUCUGAUGGGGGAGGACGGCCUCAACGAGCGCAACAGCCAGCAGCUCACCCCCGCUGGACUCGGGGUCAAGAACGGUCGCCUGGAGUGUGUGAGGUGGAUGGUGAGUGAGACGGAGGCGAUCGCUGAACUCAGCUGCACCCGAGAACAUCCCAGUCUGAUCCACUACGCCGCCCGCUACGGACAGGAGAAGGUUUUGCUGUGGCUGCUUCAGUUCAUGCAGGAACAGGCGAUUUCUCUGGACGAAGUCGACCAGAACGGAAACACAGCCGUCCACGUGGCGGCUCAGUACGGACACCUCACCUGCAUACAGACUCUGGUGGAGUACGGGUCCAACGUGACCGUGCAGAACCAGCAGGGGGAGCGUCCGUCGCAGAGCGCCGAGCGUCAGGGACACACCACCUGCGCCCGAUACCUGGUCGUCGUGGAAACCUGCAUGUCGCUGGCCUCACAGGUCGUUAAGCUCACGAAGCAGCUGAACGAACAGGCAGCAGAGAGGAUCAUGUUGCAGAAACAAAUGCAGAGACUGAUGGACCCCAACAAGGGGGAGGGGACUCCUUCUAGGUCACCAAGCUCCCAUCAGGCCUCAGUGGAGGCGUGGCCAGAGAUGAUGCUGACGGCGGAGGGCACCCCCGGGGAGGGUCAGUGGCUGGUCCGUCAGGGGGGCGUGGCUCCGGACUCGGUGCUGAGGCAGCUCCUGGGGAAGGACGUGUCGGAGACGCUGUGUCCCCGGGACAGGCUGCCCCCGGUGGCGGUCCCCGGGGCCUCCGGCGCCCCCCGCAGGACGGGGCUGGUGGAGCGACGAGAGCUGAAACUGGCCAGACUCAAACAGAUCAUGCAGCGCUCUCUGAGCGAAUCCGACACGGACGGUUACCCGCCGGAGGAGGGGCGGAGUCAGGGAGCCCCGCCCCCGAACACACUGAGGCCCGACAGGCCGUCCCACCUCCCCAUCGCAGAGGAGGAGCCGGCGUCCAACCACCUCAACGUGAUGAUGAAGAAGCACGUCCCGUCCUCCUCGUCCUCCUCCUCCUCCUCCUCCUCCGCCUCCACCUCCUCCUCCACCGUUGAGAGGAAGCUGGCCUUCUCUCUCACCGGGUCCAAGUCUGUGGACAGCAUCGGCUACAACCCGUCCCCCACGUCCAGCGACCCGGACGCCGCGGACGGGAAAACGCCGGACGCUCCCGGCGACUUACACGAAGCCGCCGCCAACGGCCAGAAAGUGGCAACCAGCCCCAAAAGUGCCCUGAAGUCGCCCUCGUCCCGCAGGAAGACGUCCCAGAACCUCAAACUGAGGGUCACCUUCGACGAGCAGGUCCACAAGAGCUCCACCCAGGAGGCGGAGCCCCCCAGGGGGAAGGAGCCCCACCAGGACAGGAAGGAGAGGACUCCGGCGGGGGGCUCUGAAACCAAGCGGCCGUUCGGGGCGUUUCGUUCCAUCAUGGAGACGCUGAGCGGAAACACGAACCACAACAACAACAGCAGCAGCAGCAGCAGCAACAGUCAGACAGGAUGUGGGGUCAGACUGUCCACCUGUCAGAACUCACCUGGCAGGAAGUCAGACAGCAAGAGUAGCCCGGGGGGCGGAGCCAAGGGAAAGAGCAAGAGCAGCAACGUUUAACCAGCGAGUGUCUGAACUGAGCACAGAGACAAACAGACAGAGGCAGAGAACUGAGACCACGUAUAAAACACAUGAUACAGAUCAGAGAGAGUCUGACCAACACAAACCACGGGCGCCAUGUUUGCUACAUCACAGGUCAGAUUCUACAGUGAAACACUGUUGAAAUAAACGUCUUAUUUCCACCGUUAACGUUCCUAUAAAUGUUAUUAAUAUGUCACUUAAAUAUCCCAGCGUCUGCUUCCUUUAAAUAUCUUAAAUUACUGAAAUUAAAUUAGAAAUACUAUUAAAUUAGCCUUAAUGAUAUUUAGUAUUAUCAUUAUAGCAUUAGCAUGCUAGCCAUCAUAACUUAGCAGUAACUGAGGUAAAGUUAUUUUAUCUACAUGGACAUAAAUCACAUGAACACAUGGUUUAACAGUUUAUAUGAUGCUAG